AUGUGGCGGCGCGGGGCCCACUCCGACGCCGCCCACCACCUCCCCGCCGCGGGCGCUGGUGGGCCCACGUCGGCCGCCGCCGCGGGCGCCGUGCGGAGGCGGCGGCGACCCGGACUGUCGUGCCGCCCGAGCCACCUGUUCUUCGCCCUCCUCGUCGCGCUCUUCACGGCCUCCCUGCUCGUCGUCUGGCAGCUACUCCCCAUCGGCGACGGCGACGCUGCGGCGGACGGGGAGGGGGCGCCGCCGCCACCAGACGGGGGAGGGACGAUGCGGUUCUCGGCCUCCCGCAUGGUGCUGCGCGCGUUCGACACCGAGAGCCGCCUCGAGGCCGCGAGAUCCGCGCGCCGCUGGUGGCCCGGCCUCGAGCCCGUCAGGCUAGCGCUCGUUGUGGGAAGUAUGAACAUAGACGCAGAAUCCCUGAUGCUCACUACCUUGGCAAAAAGUCUUGUGGGACUCAGAUACGAGGUUGAGGUUUUAGCAUUCACGGAUGGGAAAGCUCACGAUAUUUGGAAAACUAUUUGCCAUGUAAAUGUUGUGAGCUUUGAGAAGCUGAAGUAUGUCGAUUGGUCAAAAUACAAUGCUGUGCUCGUAAGCUCUCUUGAAGGGAAAAGGGUUGUUUCAAUUCUUAUGCAGGAACCUUUUCGACUUCUACCAGUGGUUUGGCUUAUUCAUGAUGAUGCUGUUGGGCAGCACCUUAGGAAUUAUCCGGAGCCGCAUCUGUCCGUUCCAAAUCAUAUUGAAGAUUGGCGAGCUCAUUUUAAUGCAUGCACUAACGUUGUGUUUCCAGAUAGCCACCUCCCUUUAUUAUACUCUCCACUUGAUACUGGGAAUUUCUUGGUGAUUCCUGGUUCUCCGAUUGAUAUCUGGGCUGCUAAACGAUACGGCUUGUCACAUUCUCAAGGAACUAUAAGGAAUCAACAUGGAAUCAAAGAAGAAGAUAUUGUUGUUUUGGUUGUUGGGAGCUACCUGUUCUUUGAUGAAUUACCAUGGGAUUACGUAACAGUCUUGCGUGCAUCAGCUCCACAUGUCAUGGACAUGGCAAGAACUAAAAAAUUGGGAGUGCAGUUCAUCUUUUUCUGUGGAAAUGGCACUGACGCCUAUAACUCUGCUUUCCAGGAACUUGCAUCUCAUAUGGGAUUUCCUGAUGAUUCUGUAAAGCAUUUCCCCAUGACACAUGAUAUCGGAAACCUGCUAAUGUUCGUUGAUAUUGUUCUCUAUGGAUCUUUAAGACAGGAACCUGGUUUCCCUCCUUUGUUAUUGCGGUCUAUGUCCUCUGAAAUUCCAAUCAUUGCGCCAAAUCUAACUGUUAUAACAAAAUAUGUUACUGAUGGUAUUCAUGCCUUCCUUUUUAAUUCUGAUGACCCAAGCACAGCAGCUUCAGCUUUCAUGCGGAUUUUAGGAGAAAAGGGACUUUUGGACACUGCCUAUUCUGUUGCUUUGGAGGGGAAGCUACUUUCAAAAAACAUGUUAGCAUAUGAUUGUAUUGUUGCUCAUGUUAAGCUUCUUGAAAGUGUGUUGCACUAUCCUUCAGAUGCAAGAUUACCACUUUCCUUCUCUCAAGUUAAAGAGAGGACAUGGUUAUGGGAUCCUUUCGAGUCGAAAGCUGCACUGGGCAAUAGUUCUUCAGAAGAUGAAAGACAUAUCCACACAAGAAUUGCUGGUAUUCUCUUAGGGGAAUCCGCUCAAAGUAAUUGGACAAUCGAUUCUGAUAGCAAUGAUACUUCUUCAUAUGACUACCCUAGCCAGUCUGAUUGGGAUGAUCUAAGUGAAGUUGAAAUCUUUGAAGACAUUGAGAUGAGAGAAAUGGAGGAGAUUGAUGAAAGGGUGGAAAAACCUCUGUUAACAUGGGAUGUGGUGUACAGAAAUGCCCGAAAAUCGGAAAGGAUGAAGCCUGAAGGAAAUGAACGUGAUGAAGGUGAACUGGAAAGAACCGGGCAGCCCAUCUGUAUAUAUGAGAUUUACCGUGGAGAGGGCGCAUGGCCAUUUUUACACCAUGGUUCUUUAUAUCGUGGCAUUACUCUUUCAAAAGGAGGCAGGAGACCCAGAUCAGAUGAUGUUGAUGCUGUUAUGCGGCUUUCGGUUCUAGACGAUGCGUACUAUCGUGAUCUUCUUUGUGAAUUUGGUGCUAUGUUUGCCAUUGCGAACAGAAUUGAUACUGUACAUAAGUUACCGUGGAUAGGUUUCCAGUCAUGGCGAGCUGCUGGAAGGAAGGUUUCCUUGUCUGAAAGUGCUGAAGAAACCUUAGAGAAAACUAUGGCUGGGGAAAAUCAUGAGGAUGUUAUAUACUACUGGGUGCCAAUGUAUACUGAUCAAACAUCCAACUUUUGGUCAACGUGUGAUUGCCUAAAUGCUGGUCAUUGCAGAACUCUUUUUGAGGACGCAUUUAGGAAUAUGUACGGAUUACCAGAGGGCGUUGCAGCCCUGCCGCCAAUGCCUAAUGAUGGCGAUUAUUGGUCUACUCUUCAUAGUUGGGUAAUGCCCACCCCGUCAUUUUUAAAGUUCAUCAUGUUCACGAGGAUGUUUGUUGAUUCGCUUCAUAGCUUGAAUGGAAACAAUACCGAGCCAGCUUCAUGCUUGCUUGGAGCAUCACAACCUGAGAAAAGGCACUGCUAUUGUCGAAUCCUGGAAAUCCUUGUAAAUAUCUGGGCUUAUCACAGUGGAAGGAAGAUGGUGUACCUUAACCCUGUCAGUGGAGAGAGCAAAGAGCAGCAUCUGCGCGAGGAAAGAAACGAGAUGUGGGUGAAGUUCUUCGAUUUCACCCUCCUGAAAAGCAUGGACGAGGAUCUAGCAGAGGAAGCGGAUGACGGCAUGCGCCCCGGGAAGGACCAAUGGCUGUGGCCGUUAACUGGCCAAGUGUUCUGGCCGGGAAUUGCCGACCGUGAAAGGGAAGAGAAAUACAUUAAGAAACUGGACAAGAAGCUCAAGAGCAAGGUGAAGUUGCUAGAGAGGCAGAAGUUGGGUUACAAACAAAAGCCGCUGGGACAAUAA